CACAGACACACACCGACAGACACACAAACACACAGACACGCACCAAUUUUCCAACAAUUGCCCAGGGCACAGAGUUGCCAACAGUUUGGCCACUCAAUCCAAAGCCAUGACGAGUGAGGCUGACAAGAAGAUCCGUUCCCUGGAGAAAAAACUGCGCGAAAUCAAGAAGCUCCAAGAAAGGCUUGACAGCGGAGAGCAGCUUGAGAAGCUGCAGCUGGAUAAAAUUGCCAAACAGAAGGACGUUGAGGAGCAAUUGAUUUUCUUGCAGAAGGAAGAAUCUGAACCGCCUGGACCCACGCCAGUGAAAAGCUCAGGAGCGAAAGAGAUGCCAGCAGGUCGAGCAUCCAUCCCCAACCCAACGUCCAAAGCCUCGGCGCGCUCCGCCGCGUCUGAAGCGGCGGGAUCCGGAGCUGGAGGAUCCGGUGCUCGAGGUGGCUACAUGGACACACACCUCGAGGAUGCCAUUUGCCUGGGCAAUCAGCGAAAAGAUGAGGUUGAGCAGACGCGGAGAUACAAGUACCUCAGGUCGCCCAUGGCACAACAGUGGAAGGAGGAGUUUGUGGGAGUCUUUGAGGUCCAUCCACCGGACACCACGCCGGAGACGAAGGACCAUUCCAAAUGGAUGACCUUCACAGAGCCCUUCGAAUUCUACCUCUGGGAGUCGCAGAACAUCCCAGUAGAUCAUUUGAAGAAGACCAUCCACAAGGCAACUUCUGUGAAGAAGUCCGACUUCAGCCUGCAGACCAUGACGUCGGAGAGGCAAAAGCUCCCCUGGGACGCGGACGCGGUGGUGGAGUUUCGGAAGCUGGUGCAGAAGGGACUGAGCUCCUCGGAAGUGGAGAAGAAGCCCGUCGUGCGGAUCCAGGCUGUGCCAAACGGUUCGUGAGACAACGACCAUGGUGACCGGAAUCGAGCUGUGCGCUCUAAGCAACGUGACCAACGUUCCUGCAGCACCCAGAGCGGCCUGACGUGAUCAUGCGCCCGCCAAACUGGUGCUAUUUGUACAGAGGGGUUUAGGCACACUAAACCUCGAUGCAGGAGUAGGCACAAGGCAACAAAAGGCUGAUCACAGAGCGGAGAUCUGCGAAAUCGUAGUCUCGUUGGAACGGACAAAUUGCCAAGGCCAGGCUGCAUGGG